CACCUCGCCACAGCUCUGAGUUCCGCUUCACCAGUCACCACUCGCUAGAAGCUGCUCUGCUUUUCUCCAAGAAAAAGAAAGAGGGGGAGGUGCUCUGCUUCGUUCGAUGGCGACCGUGAUGGAGGAGGCUGCUGCUAAGGCGGUGGUCGGAGCCGGCGAAAAGGCGGAGGCGGUUGCUACGCCGGAGAAGGUUGAUGAGGUGAAGCAGGCGGGUGCGGGCGGGGAGGAGAUGGAGGUCGCCGGCGGUGAGGCGAAGAAGGCGGAGGAAGGUGGUGAGGUGAAGAAGGCGGAGGGGGAGGAGAAGAAGCCGAGGAGCAGGAAGCCCCGGUCGGCGGGGCCGCACCACCCGCCCUACUUCGAGAUGAUCAAGGAGGCGAUCAUGGCGGCGGGCGACGGCCAGGCGGGGGCGAGCGCGUACGCGAUCGCGAAGCGCGUCGGGGAGCGGCACGGGGAGGCGCUGCCGGGCAACUACCGCAAGGUGCUGGCCGCGCAGCUGCGGAGCUUCGCCGCCAAGGGCCGGCUCGUCCGGGUCAAGGCCUCCUUCCGCCUCGCUCCCGCCGAGGAGAAGAAGGCCCUGCCGGCCAAGAAGAGGACCACCAAGAAGGCCGCGUCGAAGAAGGCGCGGCCGAAGAGGGCGAAGAAGGCCGGGCCGCCGCCGGCGAAGCCGAAGCCGAAGCAGCCCAAGUCGAUCCGCGCCCGGAAGGCCAACAAGGCCAGCGCCUGAUGCCACCGCCGCCGCCGAUGCCCUGUCCCCUGUACAUAUCUACUCCGUAGCAGUACUAGUCGUACGGGCACGUUCGAUCGAGCUCGGUGUUCUGUAAAUAUCUACCCGUGUGCGUGUUUUCCCGGCAAUAAUGGCGCUCUCGUGUCCCGGCGUCCAUGGACGCGAGGAAGGAGAAGAUGGUGAAUGUGGCUGUGGCUGCAAAUCUUCUGCAAGACUGAUGCCUGUACAACUCGUCUCUAUGUUGUGAUCAUGC